UGCAGUUAACCGGGCGGGCUAGUUGCUAGUUUUCACGAUAGGUCGUUACGUUAGUUGGUUAUGAGAUAAUUAGUAUGAUUUACGGAGGGAGUCACCGGAUGAGAUCCUCAACAUGGACCCGCUUCACAAAGCGGUUCUGCGGAAGCUCAGAGUGUAUCUCUCCGGCGAGCUGCUGGUCACCGACUCCAUCGUUCCGUUCCUGUUCCAGGAGGAGGUCCUGACCGGGGCCCAGGUCGAGGACAUCGAGUCCCAGUCCACAAACAGACUGAAGACUCUGAGGCUGCUGGACCUGCUCCCGACCCGCGGGCCCCGGGCCUUCCCCUCCUUCCUGCGGGCUCUGGAGGACUUCAGCUGGGUCAGAGACAGACUGCUGCUGGAGCUCCAGACUCCACCUGGACCUGGACCUGGACCUGGACCCAGCUCGACAGACUCCUGGCAGCUUCCCGCCUCCGUCCUGCAGAGGGUCCUCUCGGAUCGGGAGCUGUCCCGGCUGGCGUCUCGGCUCGGGGCAGAGUGGGAGUCGGUGCUGAUGGAUCUGGGUCUGUCUGCCGAGGCUCUGUUCCGGUGUCGGGCCGACCACGCCCUCAGCGCUCACGGCACGGCACUGGCCGGUCUGGUUCAGUGGAGGCGGUCUGAGGGGAGGAGGGCCACGGUCCAGAGACUGAUCCAGAGUCUGCAGGCCACCGACAUCCACCCGUCUGUCCUGCAGGACGUCCUGCUGUGAUGUCAUCCUUCCUGUUUCUACUCUUCUCAUCAUUCCACAGAAACGUACGAGACUUAAAGAGACCAGAACAUCUGGAAACAGUACCUCAACCAGAGCUGGCAGAUGUUCUCACAUUAACAGCCAGAGGUCAUGUUUGAGAAUGAAUUCUGAUGUAAGAGACAGUGACAAGUGUAAAAUAAAAGUUCAGGAAUCAGAUUAAGAAUCAACAUUUUGUAUGUAACAGUCUGAAUUUUCCAGAUUAAGAUUAAAAUCUAAAGAAAUCUGAAUUUAAAGAUGAUUAUUAGGAAUCUAAGAUUAAAAAUCUGAACUUUCAGAAUAAAGUCACAAAUCUGAGGUUAAACGUGAAUUUUGAGAAUAAGUGCAGAAAUCUGAGAUUAAAGAUUUGAGAUAAAAGUAAAGAAGAGACAAACAUUCAGAUUCAAAGUCUGAAUCAGAAUGAAUUCACUUCUGAGUUUUACAUGAAGAAAAUCACAGACUGUUCCCUUAAAACAGCAACAGAGUAAAUACAAACAUGUUUAUAGAAACAAUAAGAUUUAGGUACUUUAUUUCCUCUUCUCCAGUGUGUGUG